AUGUGCAGCCGAAUAAAGGAUGUCCCAGAAACUUCAGUGAUUAGCCGUCUUCUCACUGGCCAAAUUCAGCCCGUUGAGUGGCCCACCAGAAUGACCUUAGCGUCGCUUUUCUAUACCGGCCGCUCCUUAGACGCUGUACAGCUAGGCAAAGAUCCCAACGCGUUUAAACGUGAGCCACCAUCUCCGAAGCAUCUCUCUACUGUGGCGGACCCUGCAACGGAAGAGACUUCAGCGACGGAGGCGGCAAACCAGGAAGAGGCGACACCAUCGAAGCCGGGGCUGGUGGAAGACGCUGUGAUGAAAGAUCAGACCCCGUCCGUCCCCUCUGGCGACCGGGUGGAGGAAGCAACGCAGGAACCGAGGCCGUCUGGUGACCAACCGGAGGAGGAAACGGAGACAGGACCAGUCCAGUACCGGAUGGAUCAUGAUCCUGUCAUCUUAAAUUUUGUCCGGGAGAAACUUCAGAGCCACCCUAUUCUCGCGCUUUCGGAGCUGACUAAGGCCUGUCAGGUAAGAGCGCCUGCUGUCACUGAUUUAAAACCCUAUAUUCGUCACAAUUUUUCUUCUCACCAAAGCACGGCGUAG